GUCUUUUUCGACGAUGGGUUGUUUAAACAGGUGGUAAUCCACACAACACCCUUGGAACAAGCCGGACGAUGGACCUCGACACAGCGCUCGACGCCGCGACCGACAAGGCCUCGCCCGAGGGCGACAGCCUCGCGCGCAAGGUGCUCACGCAGUCCAUGCGCCUCACGCACCACGAGAACAAUGCGUCGAUCGCCGACGCGAGCACGUACUCGCCGCAGGCGCCGUGGACGCCCAAGUCGCUCGGGCGGGCCAAGAGCGCAAUCGUCUACCGCCAAACGCUCAACGACAAUCUCAUGUUCCUCGAGCGCAACAUCUUCUUCUUCCGCGAAUGGCACAUGCGCUUCGUCUCGCUCCAGGACGACCACAUCCUCAUCUACUCGUGCCGAGAAAAAUGGGAGCAAGGCGACCCGCCUGACAAGGUCGUGCGACUGAACCCGACCAUGUUUCUGAGCCACAUGCGCGUCGACGUCGAGGAGAGCCACUCGUACGCUGGCGAGACGACGCGCCUCUUCCGGCGCAAGCUCCUCGAGACCGACGAGCUCGACGAGUGGAUCAACGACGAGCUGCGCCAAGGGCUCGUGGUGGACGCGACGGGCAGCAACGUCAACGCGACGUUCAGCAACAACCCCGAGGCCAGCGCGCGGACCGUACUCGAGUUCGCGACGACCAACCAGAGCACGUUCGAGCUCUGGUCCAAGGUCAUUCGCCGCGCGCUGCAGAGCCAGAAGGAGACGGCAGCACCGAGUACGACCGAUGACCACAUCAACAACAAUGGCCGUCGCCGCAAUUCGUCAUCGUACUCGGACGACGCAAGCAGUGAGGCCGUGCGCCGGGGCGCGUCCGAUUGGAUCUCGCCGGGCCACGACUGCCGCGUCACGCUGCACCAAAGCGAAGUGUGGUGCAACCGCGUCACGGGCUCGACCGAGACGGACAAGGCCGAGUCCGAGUUUCGCCGCAUUGUCGCGAUGGAGAAGCUCGUCGCGCAGGUCACGGGGCCGCCGAUGGCGCUGCUCGUCUACGAAAAAGUGAGCCGCGUCCACGAGCUCUUUGCGGCCAACAGCCGGCGCGAGAUCGAGUCGGGGACCUCGCCCCUUGGCCAUGACGCCGCCUUGACUCCCGACGUGCUGCACUUCUUUGCCGACCACCUCAAGCGCAAGUACGCAGUGUUUCUUAUCCUGGCGCUCGCGCAUGGCAUUGCGGAAGAGUACAUCCGAGAGGCGCACGAGCGCAUGUGUGAGGAGAAUGAAGCGACGUUUGCAGGCGUCGGCGCGGGCACCGGCGACGAGCUCCAGGCGGUGCCCGAUGGCCAGUAUGGCUUUGCCGACGACGCGUCGAUCGACUUGUACGACAAGUACCGCACCGCAGCGCUCAACUACUAUCGCAUGAACUAUGGCGACCCGUCCGCGGCCGAAGAGGAAGACGCGAUCAUGCACCUGCCCGUGAUGCUCCACGUCGCCCUGCUUCGGCAAGAGCGCGACGAAGCGUCGGCGCUGCUCGAGAUCCUCCAGACCGUCAAGCGCCGCCUCUUGGAGCACACGGCGUCCGAGGCUGCGUCCAACAAUGAUACGACUUGACCAAAUGAUGGUGCAGUAAGAUAGCAAUGCUGUGCUCUAUGGCAUCGUGCUUCCUCCA